CCAUGGCUCAGCCCAAGGGCACGGUGGUCCUCGCCUACAGCGGGGGUCUCGACACCUCCUGCAUCCUGGUGUGGCUGAAGGAGCAGGGCUACGAUGUCAUCGCCUACCUGGCCAACAUCGGGCAGAAGGAAGAUUUUGAGGCAGCACGAAAGAAAGCUUUGGCUCUGGGGGCCAAGAAGGUUUACAUCGAGGAUGUCAGCAGGGAGUUUGUGGAGGAGUUCAUCUGGCCGGCGGUGCAGGCCAACGCUCUCUAUGAGGACCGGUACCUGCUGGGCACGGCGCUGGCACGGCCCUGCAUCGCCCGCAAGCUGGUGGAGAUCGCCCAGAGGGAGGGAGCCCAGUACGUCGCCCAUGGGGCCACCGGCAAGGGCAACGACCAGGUUCGGUUCGAGCUCACCUGCUACGCCCUGUGCCCUAAUAUCAAGGUCGUCGCACCGUGGAGGCUGCCCGAGUUUUACCAGCGCUUCCCCGGGCGCUGCGAGCUGAUGGACUACGCCAAGAAACACGGGAUCCCGGUGCCUGUGACGCCCCAGACGCCCUGGAGCAUGGAUGAAAACCUCAUGCACAUCAGCUACGAAGCCGGGAUCCUGGAGAACCCCAAGAAUCAGGCCCCCCCCGGGCUCUACACGAAGACCUGCGAUCCAGCCACCUCUCCCAACACCCCGGAUGUGCUGGAGAUCGAGUUUGAGAAGGGUGUCCCCAUGAAGGUCACCAAUGCUGGGGAUGGAGCCACUCGUUCCUCGGCCCUGGAGCUCUUCAUCUACCUGAACGACAUCGCGGGCAAGCACGGCGUCGGGCGCAUCGACAUCGUGGAGAACCGCUUCGUCGGGAUGAAGUCCAGAGGUAUCUAUGAGACCCCAGCGGGAACGAUCCUAUACCAUGCGCAUUUAGAUAUCGAGGCCUUCACCAUGGACCGGGAAGUACGGAAAAUCAAGCAGGGGCUUGCCUUGAAAUUCUCCGAGCUGGUGUACAACGGCUUCUGGCACAGCCCCGAGUGCGAGUUUCUCCGGCAGUGCAUCAAGCGCUCGCAGGAGGCGGUGGUGGGCACCGUGCGCCUCUCCGUCUUCAAGGGCCAGGUCUAUAUCCUGGGCAGGGAGUCCCCGCGGUCGCUGUACAACGAGGAGCUGGUGAGGCCGCAGCGUCCGUCCCGUGCCACCCCCCCGCGGCUCCUGCCUGCCCACGCCUGCCCGCGGCACCUCCGCAAGGAGAAGGGCUCACGGGCAUUGGCAGCAUCCCGGCUGCCAGGGUGGCUACGGAGCUGCGAUGAUGCCAGCCUGGUCUGCACCGGCACUGGUGGGCUCAGCGAUGGGACUCGCUGA